GCGAGGUACGGAUCUUACAAUAGGGGCGUAUAUAUUGACUAGUCUUCGCGAGUCGAGAAUAACGCUUACCGUGCCAGAGAAACUGAACGACGUGCGUGUGACGCGUUCUUUGCUUUCUACGCUCCUUUCGAGGAAACACGGUCGUUCGGGAACGACAUGCGUUAGCGUUUCAAAAACAUUUGCUCGUGUGCCAAUCAAUUCUUUUCGCGUUUUAUAUCGCGACUUUUGCCUCAGUGACUCGAAUCUGUGAAAUAAACGUCGAGGGAAUCUAGAAAUGAGAAAUCUUAUGGAGAAACAGCUGUCCUGGCUUGCCCUGCUCGUCACUACGUUCUACUCGUUGCUUGGCAGUUGUCGGAGCCAAGAGUGCGGACAUGAAAGGCUGACGAUGUGCGGAAGGCCCCUCGAGAAGAUAAACAAAAACGACUUCAGCUUCGCUGUGACGAAGGAGAGUCUUCAGCAGAUGUGCCCAGACUUCGAGGCUAGCCUGAAGUGUAUCCAGUCCUACUCGUUCAACUGCCUGCAGCAGAAACAAAGGGUGCGCUUCAACCAGUGGUACACGUCCACCAACAUGGCGAUCAUGGAGAUGUGUCAAGAGGGACCCUUUCAGGACAAGUUCCUGCAGUACCUGCCAUGCAUGCAGAAGGUAGAGCCCGAGUACGAGCUCUGCUACAGGAAAUUCGAGAAAACCGCCCAGAAUGUCUCAAGAACUCUGAGGGCGAACCUGAAUGAUACCGUCAAGUCGCUGUGCUGUGGCGUCAAGGAGUUUUUGGUUUGCUCGUAUCAUGCGUCGCGCCGGCGAUGCGACGAUGACACGGCUCAAUUUGCGAAGGACUUGCUUAACAGAAUGAUGGGCUUGCUUCUAAGGAUACUCUGUCCGGGUGUUCGUCAUCUUGGUAGAAGUCUCCCGGAAGAAUGCGUGUCUCGCGUGUCGCGUGGAACAGGGAACAUAAAACUGAUUCAAUUUAGUAGAAGAGAGCCUCGAAUAGACAAGAACAUUCGCGUAGAGACUGCCACAGGCGGUCUACGUAAGUUCUGGAUGUUGAAUCCUAUUUGGAGCUUCGUUACGAAGCAGCAAAGAUGA